AUCUGAGCCACCCAGGCACCCCGAAUCCUAUUCUAAGGACUUGGACACUCAGGCAUCCCCCAUGGUGUUGGGUCCUGAACAGAAGAUGCCAGAUGAUGAUGUUUCUGGAGACCAUGGGGACUCUCCCAGUCUUGGUACCCUCAACCCUGCCUAUAGUACCUCAUCUCUACCCCAGUCCACUGAGCACUCACAGGAGCCCUUUACCACCUACUUUGAUGAGAAGAUCACCAUUCCUGAGGAGGAGUAUUCUUGUUUUAGCUUUCGUAAACUCUGGGCUUUCACGGGACCCGGUUUUCUUAUGAGCAUUGCCUACUUGGAUCCAGGAAACAUCGAAUCUGAUUUGCAGUCUGGAGCAGUGGCUGGAUUUAAGUUGCUCUGGGUUCUUCUGUUGGCCACCGUCGUGGGGCUUCUGCUCCAGCGCCUUGCAGCCAGACUGGGAGUGGUCACGGGGUUGCAUCUUGCUGAAGUGUGUCACCGUCAAUAUCCCAAGGUCCCACGAAUUAUCCUAUGGCUGAUGGUGGAGUUGGCUAUCAUUGGCUCAGAUAUGCAAGAAGUUAUUGGCUCAGCCAUUGCCAUCAAUCUCCUGUCUGUAGGAAGGGUUCCUCUAUGGGGUGGAGUUCUCAUCACCAUUGCAGAUACCUUCGUAUUUCUCUUUUUGGACAAAUAUGGCUUACGGAAGCUAGAAGCAUUUUUUGGCUUUCUCAUCACCAUUAUGGCCCUCACAUUUGGAUAUGAGUAUGUUACAGUGAAACCCAGCCAGAGCCAGGUACUCAAGGGCAUGUUCCUGCCAUCCUGUUCAGGCUGUCACACCCCACAGGUUGAGCAGGCUGUGGGCAUCGUGGGAGCGGUCAUCAUGCCACACAAUAUGUACUUGCAUUCUGCCUUAGUCAAGUCCAGACAGGUAAACCGAGCCAAUAAGCAGGAAGUUCGAGAAGCUAAUAAGUACUUUUUCAUUGAAUCCUGCAUUGCACUCUUUGUUUCCUUCAUCAUCAACGUCUUUGUCGUCUCAGUCUUUGCCGAAGCAUUUUUUGAAAAAACCAACGACCAGGUGAUUGCAGUCUGUAGAAAUAACAGUAGUCCCCACACUCACCUUUUUCCUGACGAUAACUCGACACUGACUGUGGACAUCUACAAAGGGGGUGUUGUACUGGGAUGUUACUUUGGGCCGGCUGCACUCUACAUCUGGGCAGUGGGGAUCCUGGCUGCAGGACAGAGCUCCACCAUGACAGGAACUUAUUCUGGCCAGUUUGUCAUGGAGGGAUUCCUGAACCUAAAAUGGUCACGCUUUGCCCGAGUGAUUUUCACCCGCUCUAUUGCCAUCAUCCCUACUCUGCUUGUUGCUAUCUUCCAGGAUGUAGAGCAUCUAACAGGGAUGAAUGACUUCCUGAAUGUUCUGCAGAGCUUACAGCUUCCCUUUGCUCUGAUACCCAUCCUCACGUUUACAAGCUUGCGGCCAGUUAUGAAUGACUUUGCCAAUGGAAUAGGCUGGAGGAUUGCAGGCGGGAUAUUGGUCCUUAUCGUCUGUUCCAUCAACAUGUACUUUGUCCUGGUUUAUGUCCAGGAACUCGGGCAUGUGGCAUUGUAUGUGGUAGCUGCUGUGGUCAGUGUGGCUUAUCUGAGCUUUGUGUUUUACCUGGGCUGGCAAUGUUUGAUUGCAUUGGGCAUGUCCUUCCUGGACUGUGGGCACACGUACCGUCUGGGAUUGACAGCUCAGCCUGAACUCUACCUUCUGAACACUGUGGAUACUGACUCACUUGUGUCUAGAUGACUGACAGCCUGAGAAACUGUAUAAGAACCACUUUGUCUUAAUCCUUUUGUGCCAGGUGUCCUGUUAACAUAUCUCUGUUAGUUCAGAGGUGAGUUUUGUUCAGAUUUUGAACAAAAGGCAAAGAUUUCCUCGUGGGAAGGGUGUUAAAAGCUGACAGCUGUAAUUGUAGGACAGAGACCCACCCACCUCAACAGUCCUACAAUAGCCAGAGUUAAAUGAUUGGCCUAUCAUGGCUACACACCCCUAUGGGCUUGUGUCUUGACUUCUGGCAUUUAUAAAAUAUAUAUGUGUAUAUAUUUAUGUAAACCUGAACAUAUCCAUUUGGGUAGAGUUUUAAGGUUAUAUAAAAUUGAUAGGUCUUAUUUUUUUUAAAGAUAGUAUUCAGAUAAAUCAGGUAUUUGUUUUAUCUGGGUCACAAGUGAGAAAGGAGAGGGAGUAAUGCUCUUUUUCAGAAUGAUCUGGUCAAAUUAACUUACCUUUUUUAAAGUGAUACUUGACUAUGGCCAGUUAAAUUCCAUCGGUCGGUUUUAAUUGACGAGACCUUUAUCAACUACUUCAUAUCAGCACAUCAUUUCUAAGGAAAACAUUUCUUCUUUUCAAGCAGUCAUAUUUGGUCCUGGCCAUUGGUGUGCUUUGUAAUUAUAAUUCUCUCUAUUGCUUUUCUUGAAAUCUUGUCAGAGGUAUGAUGGUAUUUUCCAAAGAGCCUAAUAUCUUGUAAUAAGUUCAGAAACAAUGCUCUAACCAAUGAUCAGUCUUCCAUGUGACAUUGUAACUCAGCCCAUUCUAGCAUUCAGGUUUUAGGUAUAAAAAGAAGAAACUUCUAACACUUAAUUUUGUAAAGACCUAAUAGAAGAUGAUGGAGGUAUUUGUUUUCUUUCUAAUGUUUGUAGAGUUCUACCAAGUCUUUUCUUCCCAUUUUUCCCAUUAAAACUCCAAACACUAUUUCUAGGUCCAAAAUCUAUUUCCAGGAAUGGCUAAUAUUUCUAAUGUUGAAUUUCCCUGAAUGCUAAGCAUUUUACUUUAAGGUAUUUAUACCAAGUAAUAUGAGAUUAGAACUAGACUAGGACUUAGACGACUAGUUCUCAUGUCAUAAACUGCCUGCCUGCAUGUGGAUUAUAGACGCUUUUUGACCCCUUUUCUUAACUGGGACUUUUUUCUGUAAGAUUUUUAUAAUAAAAAUGUUAAUACUUAAAAAUGGAAA